UUCAGUCGCGCCAAACCUAAUUAGCGAUCGCACAUCGCGUUAGAUUGCUUUUUUUCACGAUGGCGCAGCCUGAACAAAUGAAUGUUUAUCAUUUAAAGCCAUGAAUAACGGAGAGUGUCGAAUCUUCGGAUAGAAGAAAAGUUUUUAAAACAUUAUUUUUUUAAGUUAUUUGAUACACGGGGGUAUAUGAAGAAAAAAAAAUCGGUAAACAUGGAGUCGCGAGUUAGUGAAAUUUCGACGCUCGUCUCUGGAGCUAUGGUGAAAGAAGAACCUAUGGAUCAAUCUUCUGGCAAUCAAGAUUCUCAGCAGACACAAUUACAGACCAUUUGCAACGAUGACGAUAACGAGCAGAGAAAUGAGUGCACACCCGAAAGUCAGGAACAUGAAAACCGCGCAUUUCUCAACAAGUGUGUUUUUUGCGACAAACAAUUUACGUGCGAUGAAGAAUCGAAACUUUUAGAAUGUCUUCACGCUGCCUGCUCAGCGUGCGUCAAUAACAAACUCGCCGAUUCCAAUACUUCGGUAGACGUGGACGUUCUGCUAGAAAGCAACAUUAUUGUCUGUCAAAUCUGCAACGUCACAAGUCAAACUCAAAAUCUCAUAGACAAUAGAUUUCAUUCUAAAUUUGUUGAAGAUGAUUGUAAUCAAGGCAUUGAAGACGAAAGCAAGGACAUGGAAGAAGAUAAAAAAUGUACCAGCUGUCACGACAAUGCGACAGCUACAAGUUGGUGUGUCGAGUGCGAAGAAUUUAUUUGUGAAAAUUGUGUAUUGGCACAUCAAAGGCUGAAAAUAACUAAGGAUCACACAAUUAAGCCAAAAGAUGAAGUCGCCAAUUAUUCUGAAAGUUCGAAGAAAGGAGACAAAAAGAUUCCUAGUUAUUUAUUUUGUGCAGUACAUCCACAUGAGCAAUUAUCACUGUUUUGCCAAACUUGCGACAGACUAACAUGUCGAGACUGUCAACUUAGCGAUCAUCGAGAUCACAAGUACAAAUUCAUUCAUGAAAUUGCAGCUGAAACACGAAGUUCGGUGGCGACACUAUUGAAGGAAGUUAGUUACAAAAGAGUUUUGCUGAAGAGUGCAAUGAAAGUUAUCGAAGACCGACAAGUUUUAAUACUGGAGAAGAAAAAGUCUCUUGUGCAAGACAUCACACAAAUGGUUGUUCAGUUAACGAACGCCAUCAACACACGGGGGAAGCAAUUAGUCAUGAGAUUAAAUGAAGUUUGCGAUCAGAAGCAAAAUACUUUGAAUGAGAAAAAGAUUGCCUUGGAUCAAUUGUCUAAGCUGACUGAUCAUUGUAUUCAGUUCGUUACACAUGCACUUGAAAAAGGCUCGGAUAUGGAACUCUUGUACAGCAAAAGGUCUGUCACGGGUCAUCUGCAGAGGAUCAAGAGUCGAAGAGCUGAUAUUCCAAAUCCGGAAAUACCAGUGAGAAUCCAUCUGUCAAUGGAAAAAGUGCCGGAUUUGAUAAAAGUUGUUUCGUCGAUCGGUGCAAUUGUGGUGGAUGGCCGGGUGUAUCGUUCGAUGUCCCCAGCUUCGGGAUCCGGAACGCCGACGAUACCCUUAACAGAGCAAUCAUCGGAGUCGAGGCAGCAAUCAGCGUCGAGAGGUUCAGCAUCGGCAUCGGAUCGUUGUACACCGGUGUUGCAAGUACCUUCGGUGACACCACAGGCUAAUAACAGUGCUCAACAAAAUUCAUACCAACCUAUUAACUUGCAAGUAUCUGUACAUCAACAAAGUGGUGUUUCACAACAGCAGCAACAGUCACAGUCUCAAGCUCCACAGCUACAACAACAGCAACAACAGCAGCAGCAGCAACAACAACAACAACAACAACAACAGCAGCAACAGCAACAACAUCAUCAACAGCAGCUACAGCAACAACAGCAACAAAUUCAACAGCAAAUUCAUCAAGCAUCGCAACUCCAGCAAGCCCAAAUAGCGCAAAUGCAAUCUCAACAAAAUCAGAAUUUCGCGAUACAACAACAGCAACAGCAAUCACAACAUUAUCCAGUGUUGAAUGUCCAAAGAACAUCGCCUCAAACUCAGUUACCCCAGCGUCUGUCACAAAAUGUGAAUUACAACGGACGGAUCCAACAGCAAGCUUCGCAACAACAGCUAAUGAUGCAACAGCGACCACUCGGUGGUUGUCAUCAGCAGCAGGUGACCUCUUCGACGCAUCCUCAUCAACAGGUCCACCUUGAUCCAUUGGGCCAACAGAACGCGAGUUUGCGUGGUCUUUUAGCUCACAACCCACCGCCCUUUCGUCCAGCUCCGAACCACGUGCCUUACAAAUUACCCCCAGGCUAUCGGUAUCCAGCGAGUAGUCUACAACAGCGAGGACCACAGAUGCAGACUUAUCAACCGACCAAUCCGUCCCUGGCUUCGGGGGGGCGAGUACAACAGUGUUCAACGGGCGCCGUACCACCGAGUCUCGCGGAAAUGAAUUAUCACAUGAAAAUAGGCUCGAUGCCACGAUGGCACAUACCACAAACAGCUAAUCAUUGCCUUCCAUACUCUGGUUCCCGUAAUUCAGCUGUACCACCCCCAGUUCCUAUUUCUUUAUCUAACGAUACUUAUAAAAUUACGCUAAAAAAUCAACAGCCUCCCCAGCAACCUCAGCUACAGCAACCACCGCAAUCAGCCCCACAACAACAACAACAACAACAUCACCAGGCACAACAGCAGCAACAACAGCAACCGCAGCAGCAGCAGCAGCAACAACAACAACAACAACAACAACAACAACAACCAUCCCUGCAACAACAGCAGCAACCACAACAACAACCAUCGCUACAACAUUCUCAACAACAAUUACUCAUUCAACAAACGAAUAACAAUGUACAAAAGUACAACUCAAACAAUCCUGGAUCAACCGGUGAACUCUCACCUCCCUCACAAACUCUCAUCACUACCGGACCUGCCGUUACUUCCUCUGUACCAAAAACCCCCAGCCCUGUACCACCUGGAAAAACUGGUGACGAAACUGAGAAAAAUUUGGAUAAAUUCUGCCAGAAAUCUCUCAACGACCUCAUGCUCACCAUUGCCAAAUUAGACUCCAAUGGCAUCGUCGUUAUACCCGAGGCACAAAAAAAUCAACUGGAUUCCACACAAGUUGAUAGUUCUACCGAUGAAGCUUUACAUUCGCUCGGUGACGGCUCAUCUGAUAAUUCAUCAGCAAUGGCUAAAGAUGAUCCUAAUGAAGAUUGGUGCGCUGUAUGCAUGGAUGGUGGAGAUGCGGUUCUUUGCUGCGAUAAGUGCCCCAAAGUCUUUCAUCUCUAUUGCCACAUACCGAGUUUGAAAACUUUUCCGGAUGAAAGCGAAACUUGGCAGUGCAUGCUUUGUACAAACGUCUUAGACUGCUCGGAAGAUCCACCCGGCGAAAAGAAACCGAACACUAUGAGCGCAAGGGAAUUGAGGAUAGCUCAGAGAAUCGUACUCGAGUUGUAUUGUCAGUAUGAACAGAGUCUACCCUUUCGUGAAGUGGUUUCACCAGAGAUAGUGGAGUAUCAUCGGAUAAUCAAAAAACCCAUAGCCCUGGAUAUGAUAAAGGACAAAUUGAAACCAGAUCACCCCAAUCAUUAUACCGAUUUACGCCAAGUUUUGGCAGAUAUUAGACUGAUGUUCAAAAAUGCCUUUACCUACAAUCCUGUUGAAUCCCAGGUGUACCAGGAAGCACGUAAUCUGGAAGAGUUCUUCGAAAAGCUGUUGUUGAAGUGGGCACCGAAUUAUGCAUGUGACGAUCCAUUUUUAUCGACUCAGGCGGACGAAGAGGAAGAGGUAUUUCCACCGAAUCGGAAAUAUCGGCGCAUUAUUAACGAUUAACUCAAAAGAAAACGGCACAAAAAUUGUCAAAUCACGGAUUUAUUAAUCAGAAGAAACAGAGAAAACGUUCCUUCAUCACUUUUUUUCUAUUUCGACUCAACGUAUGAAUUGAAAAUCUUCAACCAGGAGAAUUUAGUGUUGAUCUGUACCCUUACACAAUCGAUACAUGUAUUAUACAAAAAGAGGGAACCGCGUCGUGUUUUGCAAAUUAUUACAAAACUCGAGCGUUCCCAUAAUCAAAUUUUUGCAUAUUGCUGCGAAUCAACAAAAAUGUACAUAACAUAAUAGAUGAUCGAAAAAAAGAUCAAAACAAAUGACACAAGGAGACAAAAACUCGUUGUCGACGCUCGUCACCAGUUCUUCCAUUGGUUCACAUGAUCAAACUAGUUGUCUUAUUCGAAUUAACGAUUCAACUUGCAUUUCGAGAACAAGAAAAAAAAAGGAACAAAAACCACGGACAUUCUCACAUAACUGAUAUUAAUUAGAAUAUGAUCGUAUUUAAGUAACAAUAACCGAAGUAGAUAGUGAGAAAAAAACAAAUGCUAGAAUCAUCGAUACGUAUAGAAGACAUUUUCAAUUUUGACAAACUCGUUAUAGAACUUUUUCUACUAGAUUAAUAAUAACUUAUUUUACUUCCACGACGCAGAUGUAUGUUAUAUUGUUAAUGAAUGGGAAUACUGUUAGUACGUGGUUGUACGUACAUGAUGAAUGGCUCAACAGAAAAUCGGGCGUUGUUUGAAUAUCAAAUGGUUUUUCCAUUGUUGAUUCUGAAAUGAGAAUAGCAACUGAAUUGGAUUCAAAUGUUAAAUUUUAUCCUAUAACUUCAUAAAAUUAAAAUAUCUCUUUUAUCAUUCAAAUCUUGCGCGCAUUUAUGUUACUCUUAAUAAACAAGAAAUUUUUCUACAUUCAAAUAAUACCCAUAUUUGAAUAUCCGUACAUGCUGUCGGUAUGGAAAAAAUCGAUCGGAAUCUAAUGUUAAAAUGUUCUAAAACUAUCAAUUAUUAACUGAAAAAUCAAUCGUUUCAUUCGCGCCAGAUCAUUGAAUUUUCCAGAAUCUUUAAUUGUUGGUCAUUAUCACGAUAUGUAUUUUUAUACUUGUUACCGGAGAGAAAGUGUAUCGAAUAAUGUUUCCUUCAUAUUUGUAUUCGCACAUAUUAUUCUACGUUAGUUUAUUUUUUAAAAAACAACUCUGAAAAAUAAAUGAAGAUAAGAAUCAAUGCGCUAAACUUGAAUUUCGGCAUUCAAAAACUAUCUGGGAUGAGGUACAUUGUUUAAAACUUAAUUUUAUUUAUGUUUUUUGCUUUAUACAUCCGACGAAUAUAUUAUUUGUUGAUAUUACAGUUUGUAGUAUUUCCAAAAUAUAUGCUAUGAUAAUUGUAAA